CUACGAUUUAUCAUAACAUCUUCAGUGCAUAGAUGUUUAAUGUUGACAAUAACCUGUUCACAACAAUGGUUUAUGAAAGUCCGUCUGUGCGGCUGUGAUGAAGAUGAAUCAUUAAACAGUUGUGUUGAUAUCGAAAAAUUCUAGGUCAUAUAAAAAGGCUUAUAUAGUAUAAUACUGCAAUACCUUGACAGAAGAUACAACUUUCUUGUUUGAAUGAGGGCAAUGGCUAACAUAUUUUGGUGCAUUAUUUUCGGAACAUUUUCACUCCUCUGCAGACAGUCUGGACAGAGCUGCUUUCCACAUUGUGGACACAUCUGCUCAUAGCACUGAGACCCAUGUGGAAGUGGCUUCUGCAUAAGGUGUCGGGCAAGUGUGAGCUUCUCCGCAUUACCUAUGAAGAACAGCCAGGUGUAAAGCAGACUAAAAGAAUAGAAGAAUCUCUUAAAUGCUCAAAAUCUGCACUUCUGAAGGAAAUAUCCACUGGGGACAAGUACAAUGUGGAUGAAGCAGUGGAAAAGGUCAUGGGUGAAAAGAAAAUUGUUCGGGAAGUCCACGCAGGAUUUGAGGGUCAUUUUAGAAGAUGCCUAUUGUAUAUCAGAUCAUAUAAUCAGCUCACUCAGCAGGUGGAGAGUCUGAGGAGAAGUAAGUUUUCAGUUGAUGAUCCAGACCACGAGCAGAAACUUUUGAAGCUCUGGAGGCUGCUCAUGCCACAAACUCAGCUGACUGCUCGUGUCAGUCACCAGUGGGGCGAUAUUGGAUUCCAAGGCACUGAUCCACAGACUGAUUUCCGAGGGAUGGGGAUUCUGGGUCUUCAUCAGCUUGUAUACUUUGCAGAAAAAUACAACAAUGAAGCAAGAAACGUUUUAUUGAAAGCUAACAAUCCUAAAAAUGGAUUUUCCUACGCUAUUGUCAGCAUCAAUAUAACAGAUCUACAACAUCGACUUAUGAUGAAAAGAAAACUAAGGACACACUUUUAUAACCUCAGCAAGACUUCACUAACAGUGGAUGAUUAUCAUGAAGUCCAUUGUUACCUGAUGUCAGAGUUCACUCAUUUCUGGUUCAGUGAGAACCCAGCAGAUGUAAUGGAAUUCAAUCGCAUUAGAGAUAAGUUCAAACGUAAAGUCAUCUUGUUGCUGAAGGAUCCUCAGACACAGCUUGUUGCCAACUUCCAGAGAUAGCAGCUGCUUGAUUGCUGACAUUGCAAAGACCAUGCUGUCUCAGUUUUUGAUUUGUUUGGUUUUUUUUAAAAGAUGAAUAAUGUUUAUGCAGAUUCCCUGAUGAGAAGACAUCGUGACUAUGAUGCAAUUUUUUUUUCUAUGUUCUUUCUCAUUCAUAAGAAUGCAAACACAUAUCUAAGUGAUUUUUUCCCAUUUAGAAAUCAAAUAUUUUGUAGUUGGUAUUGAGGGUGCUCCUUUCCUAUGAUUGAAGUGUAAGUUCAUUGUUUCCACUUCUUUCUUCGUGUUUGUUUUAUUUUUAUUUCACAUCCCCAUUACCAGUGAUCACUAGUCAUCACUUUUUCCAUAUACUUUACAUGGUUUGUACAUGGUUUAAUCUCCGUUCAUCCCUCUUCAUUAUUUAUGCCAUAAUACAUAACAAUAAUAAUAAUUGAAUUUAAUAAAGCUCAUUUCCCUGUGUGCAUGUGAGCUCAGUGUGCUGUACAAAAAAGACUACAAAUGAACAAAGUCAACAAUACAAGAAACAAGCGUCGGCAAACAGAUGACACCAAGACAGACCCAAAACAAAUAAAACCACAAAUGCAUGGAUGAAGACAUGAGUGGUGGGCAGUGCAAAAAGUGAUCAUCAAGCAUGUGUAUUGUUUUUUACCCCUGGUUAAAGUGAAGUGUGAGUCUUUCAUUUCAAUAAUGCGUAUGUACGCACCUGCCCACUGUUCACGGUGAAUGACUUAUCCAUAAUGCCUAGAUUGCAGCACGAGUCUGUUCGACAAUUAAUAUUAUUAAAAGAAAAUAGACAUUUACCCAUUUGCCCUGUACUUAAAGUUGAUCUUCUAUUUCUAUUUAUUGUUAUGGAAGAGCUUUUCAAGUUUAAAGUCUGUUAACAGUCUGUUAGUUGUAGCUACACUAAACCAAGAUGAUUAUCUUAAACAGAACAAAACUGGCUGUGUACAACAAACCUACUACUAACAGUAGUUAUUUAAUCCCAUGAUAUUUCUAUCUAGAAAUUGAUGUUUUAAAUUCUGAAUAAAAUUUGGGGUUCACAUGUGACCUACUAGAAGAGUUUUGCAGUUGGAUUGCACUUUCCUCCUCAAGUAAGAUUUUAAAUGGCAGGUUUUUGGCUGCUUAAAAUCCAAAUAGCAAAUGCCAACAUUGGUCUCUUGCAAUAGAUGCCACUAACAUAUUUUCCUCCAUUAUUUGAUUAUUUAAAAAUCAGGGUUUUAUGUGUCUUUAUAAGUAAUCAUUAGAAUGAUUUAAAUGUCAUCAUGUGCUUUGUUGGUGUAAACUGACUGAUAAUGGACCAAAUUGUCAAAUACUUUUUUUCUAUAUAAGCUUACAGACUUGCUGUGUCGCUGACAACUCUGUCAUAUUUUGUUAGCGUGCAUUACUAAGCAGUUAAAACACACUUGAUGAAAGGUACUUGUGAUUUACUGCUUCAUUUAAUAAUAAAGAAAUUUGUUGUUCAGCCUAA